UAUCAGCCAACUAUCUUAAUUAAAAAUUGUACAAAAUAUAUUAUUACUUUUUAUAUUCGUAUGUGUAUUUUUAAUUAAUUUCAAGACUUAUUUAGUUAUUCAGACGUUGUUUUGGAGGUACAAGGAGAACAAUUGCCCGCCCAUCGUAAUAUACUAGCCUCACGAAGCGAAUAUUUUAGGAUCUUAUUUUAUGGAGAUCAUAUAGAAACAAAAAAAUCAAAUGUGCCAAUAAAAGAUGUAUCCGUAACCUUGUUUAAAAGAAUUCUUGAAUAUUUUUAUACUGGCCGAAUAGAUUUAAGUGAUUUUCAGGUUGAAGGAGUUUUCGAAUUACAUAAGCUUUCGGAUUAUUUUGGGAUUUCACAUUUAACACUUUCACUGAACGAGUAUUUUCAAAGAAGCAUUAACGAAUACAAUGCAUGUACGUACCUUGCUUUGGCAAGACUUUAUGAAAACAAGGAGCUCGAAGUCGAAUUACUAAAAUUUAUCGAUGACAACGCUGUGGCUAUAUUACGAUACGAAGAUUUUCUGACUUUGUCAUCUGGAGUUUUUCAAGAAAUUCUCAAUCGUGACUCGUUUUAUGCUGACGCGAACUGUAUAUAUUCCGUGCGGUUUGUCGCUGGGUCAACAAGAACCAAAACGAACUGGAUCGUGAUGGUAAAAUCAAAGUAUUAUCGGCCGUCAGGUAUCCGGUAAUGAGUUUUGAAGAACAGUAUCAAGCUAGGGAAUCACAAUUGGUCAGGUCGGAUAUAAUUUCAGCUGCCAUGCAAUUACGAACAAACACGUGGCCACAAGAUAAGCCUCAAUUUCGGGGACAGCUAAAACACGAUACGCAUAUUCUUUUUGAGGCUCAUAGUUCUCCCCUUCCCGAUUUGAGUUUAAUUCAUCAGUUUCGAGGUUUCACGGUUAGAAAUAAUGACUCGGGUACUAAUUUGAUAAGGUUGGUUACUCCAUCAAUUGUAAACUUUAUUGAACUAUCGUUAUGGGAUAAACAUUGCGUUGACAGAGAAAAGCGUUACUCUUAUUACGUUGAAGUUUCAAAUGACGGGCAAGAUUGGGUGCGUGUUGUAGAUCAUUCAAAUUAUAAUUGUCAAGGAUAUCAACAAUUGUGGAUUCAUCCUCAAGUAGUUCGGUAUAUACACAUUGUUGGAACCAACAGGAGUGCUAAUGAGACUUUUAAAAUUUGGUUACUCAUUAACGAUACAAUAAACAAGGUGGAAAUCAACGAAUCAACUAACCGCCGAAUCAAUGGAUUAUUCGGAAACGAAAUUCGUUAGAAUAACUCGAGGAAUGGUAAUAAUAUGUGUACGCUAGCGGUUCAAAUUAUAGCAGGGAAUGGCUCUUUUAUAACUUUAAAGAAUAUUCUAAAUUAGCCAAUACAAAUUAAUUCAA